AUGGUUUUCGUACGUAUGUUAAAAUCUCGUAUUUUUUAUAUACCCACAUACUCUUGCUCUAUCUACAGAUGUAAAUCAUCUGAUAUAAAGGUAGCCAUUCCUAACAUGUCUCUACAGAAUCAUAUUGAGAAACGAUACAAUGACAUUAUUAAGUCACCGAAUGAUAAAAGAGAAUAUAGAGGUCUAUUGCUUACCAAUAAGAUGAAAAUUCUACUUAUUAGUGAUCCUACAACUGACAAAGAUGCUGUAGCCUUGAAUGUGAACAUUGGAUAUUUAAGUGAUCCACCUGAUUUACCAGGUUUAGCACAUUUUUGUGAACACAUGCUAUUCUUAGGCACAGAAAAAUAUCCAGAACAAAAUGAUUAUAGUAAAUAUAUAACACAAAAUGGUGGUAGAUAUAAUGGAACAACCAGUAUGGAUCAUACCCUUUAUUAUUUUGAUGUUCGUUCAGGAAAAUUGAAAGGUGCAUUAGAUCGUUUUGCACAGUUUUUUAUUGCACCACUCUUUACAGAAACUUUAACUGAAUUAGAGCUGAAUGCUAUUCAUUCAGAAUAUGAAAAAAAUGUAAAUAAUGAUAUAUGUCGUAUUGAUCAAUUGGAAAAAUCAUCUGCUGAUCCAAACCAUCCUUUUUCAAAAUUUACUAGUGGAAAUAAAGAAACAUUAGAUAUAAUUCCAAAACAAAAUAACAUAAAUGUAAGGGAAAGGUUACUUCAAUUUCAUAAGGAUUUUUAUUCUUCCAACAUCAUGUCAUUAUGUGUACUUGGUAAAGGUAUGUACAAUGUUUUUUGCUUAGUUUUGGAAAAGUAUUUAAAUAAAGUUUUAGGAAUUGGUGGCUAUGAUGAUAAACAACAUGUGUUAUUAGAAAAAAUCAUAGAAAAAAUGAUUAAUUUUAAAAUUGAUCCAAAAAGGUUCGAAAUUUUAAAAGAAAGUUACAUUAGAAAUCUAGAAAAUUCUCAAGCAGAACAACCAUAUCAACAUGCAGUUUAUUAUCUUGUUGUCUUAUUAGCAGAGCAAGUUUGGAUGAAGGAUGAAUUAUUAGAAGCCACCAAGCAAUUAACUGUUGAAAGAGUUGAACAGUUCAUCCCACAGUUUUUAAAUAAAAUACAUAUGGAAUGUUUAAUACAUGGAAAUAUGACAUUCUCAGAAGCUCUUGAAACAGGGAGGUUAAUAGAAUCAAAAUUAUCAAGUACAAUUCCUCAAAUAAUACCACUUCUACCAAGACAAUUGAUUUCGCAGCGUGAAAUCAAACUAGAAGAUGGUUGUCACUUUUUAUUUGAAGUAACAAAUAAAUAUCAUAGCAGUUCAUGUACACAAGUUUAUUAUCAAAUUGGCAUGGAAUCAAUAGAAUCAAAUAUGUUACUAGAACUUUUAGCACAGAUUUUAUCAGAACCUUGUUUUACUACAUUAAGAACUAAAGAACAAUUAGGAUAUAUAGUAUUUAGCGGUGUUCGAAAAACAAAUGGUACACAAGGUUUAAGAAUUAUAGUUCAAAGUGACAAACAUCCUAAAUAUGUUGAACAGAGAAUUAAUAUAUUUUUGAGCUCUAUGUUGCAAUAUAUAUCUUCUAUCACCGAAGAAGAAUUUAAUGCCCAUAAAGAAGCAUUGGCUAUACGACGCCUUGAAAAACCUAAAAAAAUGACUACUUUAUCUACUGUCUUCUGGAAUGAGAUUGCAACGCAACAGUACAACUUCGAUCGAGCCAAUAUUGAAGUUGCAUAUUUGAGAACUUUAAUAAAAGAACAAAUACUAAAGUUUUAUAAAGAUAUGCUUCAAAAUGAUAUUCAACACAAAUUAUCAGUGCAUGUACUUUCUACAAUAAAAGAUUCGAAAUCAGAAAAUGAAAAUGCCAUAGAACCUAACGAAAAUAUUCAGUUAGACGAGACAAAUACAAUUGAAUAUAAAAAGAUAGACGAUGUUCUGUCAUUUAAAAUUAGUCAGUGUUUGUAUCCAUUACUAAAGCCAUUCAAUGAUAUACCAAGAAAGGGAGUCCAUUCAUCAAAAUUGUGA